UAGUACUCGAGCGGUUUGCGGCGAAGGCGCCAGAAUACAGCUCAGUCUGAGUGAAACUGUGGUGGGGAGAGGGCAUACACGUUCAUCUCCGAGUGAUACAUCAUGGAGCUUUCUCUAGUGGGUGAUAGGGUUUAUGCAGCAGAAUGUAUACAGAAGAAAAGAGUGAGGAGGGGACGUGUGGAGUAUUUGGUGAAAUGGAAGGGCUGGUCUAACAAACACAACACAUGGGAGCCGAUUGAAAACAUCUUGGACGUGCGUCUGCUGGAAGCCUUCGAGGAGAGCCAGCGUGAGAGUGGAGGGGCGAGGCGGGGUCCUAAACCCAAGAACAAGACCAGAGAACCACACCAGAGCAGGGAGAACACGAGAAGCAGCUCCCUGGCGGCGGCGGCAGCGGCAGCUGCGGCGGAGCGCGAUGCAGAACGAAGCACCAGUAGCAGCAGCAGCAGUAGAGUAGAGCUGGACACAGGUACCGAGGAGGAGGACGAUGAAGACGACGAUUACGAUGAUAAUACUGACGUCGACACUGCCUCCACCACCACCACCACCACUACCACCACCACCGCUACCACCACCACCACCGCCACAACUACCACCACCUCCACCUCUUCCUCCUCCACAACCACACCCACCACCACCACCACCACUACUACCACCACCACCGCCACAAGUACUAUCACCACAGCCACAACAACUACUACCCCAUCUACUCCUUCCACCUCGCCUCCCCAGCCGGGCAAGCGCAAAGCCGAGCCGCUGCGAGACGGUAAAGUAGGUGUGGCAAUAGUCAAGGAUAGUACGGAUAGUCCGCCUCCCAAAUUACCCAGACUAACCUCACCAAAAUCCCCCUCACACGCCCGAGAAGACCAACACAAAUCCCCUAAGACGCCGCAGUCAACGGGUACACCCUCAACCCCAACUUCUCCAGCACCACAAACGCCCAAGACGCCCAAGAGUCCGCCCCCCAGCACGCCCACAUCAGAGCCAGCGACGGGGAAGGCCGCCCACGAGCCCGCGGUACCGGCAACACCCGACACUCCACAUGUCAACGGCGAAGCACUGGAACCACUCACGCAACCCGUCAAAGAGGACCACGAAGCAGGCGUCUACGACGGCGAAAGCCUUGAAGAAACGGGAGAAGACGUUGGCGAAGAGGAAGAUGAAGAAGAGGAAGAGGAGGAGGUGUUGGUAGCACCGGAUCCAAGCUACUGGUACAAGAGGAACCCGUUAGCUGAUGAGAUCUUCAUCACAGACGUGACGGCUAACCUCAUCACCGUGACCAUCCGGGAGUGUAAAACGAGACAAGGCUUCUUCAAGGGCACAGAUGAGAACCAAAACUCUCAGUCGUCCAUCAAAUGAUGUGCUUCCCUACCAAGUCGUUGUCGCUGCCAGCAAGCAUGCAACUUAAGAGAAUCACUCCCUAAGUGUAUACUGUGCAUACCCAUGGAAGUAUUUUGCAUAAUUUCAGUAGUAAGGAAGCAAGUGGUAUGUGAAGUGUCGAGACGUACAGCCAGUCGGCUGUGGCAUCCUCUCCUCUCGGUCCCUCGAUCCCAACACUGACACCAUCAGUGAUUGCUGAGUUUUUAUGAUUUCGAGGAUUAAAUUCUGGCUACUGCAUUAACUUAGUCCCAUUAUUCUGACGUGAUUUUUUUUUUUUUUGUUCCCAAGGUGGUGUUCGAGAGACGCCAAAAGUAUUAACAAAAGAUAGUCUUCCAGUAUUGGUGGUUGGCAGUAAAGACUGUGCUUGAGUAGUAUAUUCAAGUACGUGAAAAAAACUAUACAUAGAUUCAGUGUGUAUAUUGGCUAGAGUAGGCGUUUAAUUCGGUUGUGGGUGUAGAAGCAAGUUCAAUCUACGUUUAAUAUGAAUGAUUUAACAGCAAUUCUGGGACCAUUUAUGUUAGUCAUAAAUAUGGUGAAACACAAAGUUACACCAACCCUUUCAUACAAUACUCAAGUGAAAUCUUAAGAAUCACGUCAUUGGGGGAAUUAACUGACGCCUGAAAGCAAGAUCAGCGGCUUCACUUGAUAGACAAUGUGCUGUGUUCUAGUGUCCUUAUUCCACUGUGAAAUCUGUGUUUUGUCAGUCUACUGCGCUGUCAGUUUUAAGAGAAACAUUGGGAGAUACUAAAAGGUAAAACGUGUGAAAACGUCGGUUCUCUGCGGGAAAAUAAUGUACUCAUUGUGAGUUAUACACGUGGCCUUGCACCGAGGAAACAAAAUGUAGAAGUGCGAUAAACUGUCCUAUGAACACACAGCAGGAAACAGUUUGAAGUGCUGAGGCUGUAUUAACACCCAGCAGAGAACACUCGGCUUAUGUUUGAAGAACUGAAAAUGUUGAACAUUCGGAAGACCAAGCAAGCACUUGAAAUAGUUACGAGGAACUUAAUGAAUAGAAAAGGGUUUUCUCCCUACAUACUGAGUGUGAUUACCCUUGUUUAAUUGUGGGUAUUACUGGUUUUGCCAGUCACUAUGAACAUAUUAUGUAAACUCUUAUUAUCAACGUGAGAACUCUGUUUGGUUUCCAUAUAAAGGUUACUUGGUCACAAUCGAGAGUGUACAGUCAUGAGAGACAUGUCAUACAUCUAUUAUUAACCUGAAUCAAGGAAUUUAACUGCAACAAGUCAGUUGAGUUGCGGAUAUUUAAUUCAAUUUUGUGUUUGUGUAAUUCUCAAUUAAAUAAUUGUCAGUCCCUAAAAUUAAUAUUCACGUUCAUGUUCUCUGUUGAGAUGGACAUGUGGCAACAGUUUCCUCAUGCCUGGGCUACACUAGACAUACGUACCAAGGCUAAGUGUGAAAGCAGUUCCCUCAUGCCUGGGUUCACUACACGUACGUACCAAGGCUGAGCAUAGAAGCAGUUCCCCCAUGCCUGGGUUACCCACUAUGUAAAUGUGCGUGCCAAGGUUCCCUUUAUGCAGUUAGUGAUAAAGAUGAUCAUGGAGGCGGGCGAGGUGCGACUAGUCGUCAUGGUUGGUAGGUGGCCCUUUUGUAUUUUACCUGGAUUCCUCCUCCACCUUAUUGAGCCAUCGUGGAACUCGUGGUACAAAGCCCUCAGGCUAUUUUUUUUUUACAUGUGGAUUCCUUCAACUGUGUAUGGGUGUCUACAUGUUUUCUAAAAGGUCACAUGACUGUUACACAGAAUGUUCAUAAUUCUGUGCUACACUCAUUAAUCAUCAUUCCCUGAGUGAUAUUCUUGGGCCACCUCUCCUAGAUCUGGCAGUUGGCUGUCCCCUCGUCCAUGAUAAUAUACAUAUAAUUAUAUGCAUACUCUGUUUAUGUUGUGUACACAGACUCGUUUAGACUUGACUUCUGACUGACUAGGGACAACACAUCUUCAUACUGUAUAUGUUGACGUAAAAGGAGCUUUAUACUUUGAGGGAUAUGACAUAUUUACUUUUGUUGAAGUAGGCUUCAUAUUCUUAUAUUUUUCUGUCUGUGUUAAUUAUUGCCUAAAUCAGUGCAUUACAUUUUUAAUGGAAGGCUUUUAUAUUAUUGGUUAAGGAAAUACCUGUCUCGAGUCAAAAGAAUGUAGUAGUUCCAUUCCCAGAUGAUGUGUGAACGCAUGGGAAUGAGAGCAGAAUGUAAUUUUAUCUGUUUGUAUGUACAUAGACGAUGCAUUUUGUUAGUGUGAUCAUAUAGAAGAUAUUAAAUGUAUCCAUGUGAGACUGAUGUAUAUCCUAGGUAUGAAAUAAGGUACGUGUGCUUGUAUCUUCUGAUCCCAAAUACCGUUAUCAGCUGCUUUACAGAGAGCAUUCCGCAAGUUGUCACAAAGUCCAUAUCUGCAGUUGUUGCUCUUACCAAUUUUCACUAUUGGAAAAAUGUAUUUAUGUAAAGAUAUAAGAUAAUUAAAUCUGCUAUGGGAAAAAAUAAGAGUAUCACAGAUAUGUAAUGUGAAGGUCUAUCCAGAGGUGAUAGUUGAAUCACAUGCUCAGCAAUAGUGAAAUAUUCUUACUUUUUCCUUUGUAGAUUUUCUCUUGAUCUGCUCAGACGCUUGCAUGAUCAAUCUGGAUUUCACAGCCUUCUCUUCUGUUUACUUUGUCAUUCCUUAUAAUACUUCAGUACUUCGUUUUGAACCACAUCAUCCUGGCCAUCCCCUUAGUUUUAGCCAAAAAAAAAAUAGUAUUAAAAUGAAUGGGAACAAUUACAAUGUCGUUUAUUUGUAAAAUUGUAUAUGUAUUUAAUUUUAAAAAAAUGCACUUUUUGAGGUGUAAUAUUUAGUAGUCUAUGUAUCAAAACAUUUUUCUAGUCAUUUUUCUGAAAAUAUCACUUGUGGGAUAUGAAGAAUUUAGUAUUCAAAAUAUUGGGCCACAUAUCUAGAGACAAGCAAUUAAAAUAAAUUAUAAAAAAUUAGAUGCUGUAUAUAUUCAUUAUUACAUUCAUGAAGGAGCUUCAAAAUUUACCCGUAGGAAGUCAUACCAUCGCUUGGGGAAGUGAGGGAAUCAGGUUCGGUUCAAGCGAGAGUCAGGGCCAAUUUCGGUGAUUAAAAGCUCCUCACCGGCAUUAAUGGAUAUAUGUAAAAAAAUGCGACUGAUUAGCGUUAGAGAAAAAUUUAAUGAUAGUCACAUCGCUUCCUUUCUUUCAUGCAAUGGUUUUUACUCUGGUUUUUAUGUAUACACGUUGUUUCGCUGCAUGAUCACCAUGCAAGAUAUAGCAGGACCUGCCAGCCGGUCACAUACACAAUGUCCUGAAAUAGUCUUUUUUUUUUUUAAACUAGCCUAGCGGUAACGAAAGUGCCUAGUACCCCUUUAAAAAAUGGCACACCUACUAAAAAUUAGUUCGUCAGACGUCGUAACGGCAGGAAUGCUUGAAACAUGGAGGUACCUAUUCAUAGAAAAUCGUGAGGGCUUAACUCUGUUUAGAGUUCAGUUAAUCAGUUAAUUCAGUUAGUCUUGGAAGGAUAAAAUGGCACAGAAAAAAAAGUAAAAAUGUGGAAGGACAAUCCUGAACAUUCAAUUUUAAUUUAUAAUUUGUUUGCGGCUUGUAAUAUUUUGCGAAUACUGGUGACUUGUUCACAUGAGCUCACUUUCCACACCUCCCCCGUACUUCAGUACCCCUUUAUCAUGCAUCAGUGAAAACCCAUGUGGAUGUAGCGUAUUGUUUUAAUAUAACAGUUUUCAGUGUGACUCAAGACAGCUUUACUGCAUUCUGGUAUCUGGCCGCAACUACCUGCACCUAUCUCGCGCGAAUAGUGCUAGAUUUUCCCCUCCAUUCUCGCUUAUCAGUAACUUCGACUGUUGCAGAAUCCAGUAUUUUUUCCUUACUCUGUACUUAUAAGCUGUCACCUAGAGUAUGCCUGACAGCCUAGUCAAAGAAAGGAUCUUGCUCUUUUUUUUUAAUAAAGGAACUGCAGUUUGGAGUUUCUAGUUGUCCACCUACUCUCUCUCGUGUUAUCAUGUGUGGCAGUGUUCAUUCAUGCCUGGGAGAAGAUCGUAAAUUGGCAAGGUUGUUGUCAUGAUUAAACCCGUCCUCCAAUAGACCGUUCAUUUUCCAUCUUGUUACAGUGCGUCCAUCUCUACAAGAUUUAAACUGUUUAAACUUAAAUAUUAAUUAUUCCAAUUAUUAUUAUUAUUAUUAUUAUUAUUAUUCUGAGCAUACGAAGCGCUAAACUCGUAAGGGUCAUACUGACCAAAUAUGUAUAGCUAACCGCCAAUUACGAAAUUACAUAGAUGUCUGGGUCGCAGAAUUUGUCGUCGUUUAAAUAGUUUUAAAGCACAUAUAUGAUGCUUUUAAGUUGCAGGACGGGUUGCAUGACAGCUGGUGGCCCAAUAUAUUAUAUUCACUUGCUGCUGUUGAUGCAGCGCCACACCUAGCAUCAACACAAAACACGUCAAAUUUUCAUAAAAUUAUUAGGUUUUCAUGUCCAGUUAUUUGAGUCAGGUAUUUCAAGGUGAAGGAGCGAGAGUGGGAACAUGAACACACUAGUGAUGUGUAUUGAAAUAAAAAGUGUGUUUUUGCUUGUAAGUUACGGGGGGGGGACACACAAGGCGUUAGUGAGGUGCAUUAAGAUGAAUUAUGUGCUUGCUUUUGAAUGUGUUCGACAUCAGCACACAAGACACGUCUGUGGCCACCUGUCCAUACAAGGCCAUCAGUCCCCCAAGGCCGUAUAGCCGCCGCCAACCUGCAGUGACUUGCAUUGCCACCGCUGCAGUUUGAAUCUAGCAGCCGUUGGGAAGAGGUGGCGGCGGAUUUAAAUGUGGCAAGGCACCUGCAGUUUGCGGGGGAGUGAGGGUGUAAGAGGUUUCGCUGAUGAGACAGUUACAGGUGUGUGUGUGACAGUGUUACUCAUCUGAUAUUUGGAGUAAGGAUCAACACGCACCUGUAUCCCUUGAUUGUUCUUGUGUUAUACUUUCCCUGCCACACCCCGCUAGCGUAAUGUACUCCACUCAUCUUAUUAAAUAUUCUAGCUUUUACCUCAUCAGUCCACCUACUAUAUAUUACCUAACAUACCCUUCCCUACGUGUUACCUUCUAUUCCUAAUCUAAUACCCUCCCUAUGCAUUCUGAUAUCUCCCCUCCCUACCCGGCAGCAGCCAGAAAAUACUUGAAACAGCAUGAGUGAGGGACUUGGAUAGACUAUUUUUUGUGGAUGUAUGUUGUGUCGGGUAGCCAUGCACGGAUGGCUGUUGCUCUGAGCUCCUACCCGUCUGGUUUACCUUGGGUUCCUUUUGGUCAUCCUGGAUACCUCUCCCCACUUAGUAAAACAAAGAGUGGCUACUUUUCCUCUUAGCAUCACAGUAGUGUGGCCACGUCUCCACUUACCGCCCAGUAAUGUUGGUAUUCCAUUUUCUUUCCUAUGGUUAAUGUGGCAAGCGUGGUCUCCAGUGAUACACAAGGAUUUACUUGUAUAAUAGCUGUCUAAAUACUAGUUCCUGUUUUCAUGCUGUAUAGUCCUUGUGGCUUAGCGCUUCUUUUUGAUUAUAAUAAUAAUAAUAAUCCUGUUUUCAUGCCCAUCUUCCCCGCUACCACCAACCUAGUCUUUACUUAGCACCGUUCAUGUUCUUACGAGAAUUUCAGCGUUAAUUUCUGAAUGUUCCCUGCAAUUAUUUUUUUUUAUAUAUUUUAGGUUUCACGAACCUAUUAAAGUGGAUGCGACACGUCUGGCAUCAUGGUGCCUGGACAGGUCCAGGCAACAUUCCAGUCUGCACGUGUGUGAUACGUUACGAUCGUUUGCUUUAAUAAUAUUCACGUAUCACACGUGAGCGUGACCACCCGUGUCUACACCUGAUCACAAGUGUUCGCAUAAUCAUUAUGGAAUACACAUGAUCACGCGCCAGCCUUUGAUCACCUUUGUAUACGCAUCACCUGUUUUUAUAACAUGCGUUUGCACCGGACGGGGACACCUGGUGGUGGUGGGAUGAACUAGAUGUAGUGAUGUGAGUAAUGGUGGGAUGGACCGAAUGUGGUGGUAGUGACUGCAGUGGUGGGAUGGACCAGAUAUGGUGGAUACUUGUGGUGCUGGGAUGGACCAGAUGUGGUGGAUACUUGUGGUGCUGGGAUGGACCAGAUGUGGUGGAUACCUGGUGGUAGUGGGGUGGAUCAGAUGUAGGAGGCGCCUGGGCAAGUAUCCCAGAGUGGAUGGGGUUGUGGUCAUCACUGACAUUCGGUACAGGUGCAGCCUCAAGAAGUCAGUCCGACUCACACUCACUCUCUCUCUCUCUCUCUCUCUCUCUCUCUCUCUCUCUCUCUCUCUCUCUCUCUCUCUCUCUCUCUCUCUCUCUCUCUCUCUCUCUCUCUCUCUCUCUCUCUCUCUCUCUCUCUCACCGUCACAUUUCUGCAUAUCAAUAGUUUUUUGCUGUUGUUUGACAUUUUUAAAUCAUUCUUAGUGUAUUGAGUGAUGUUUAAACCAUUUUUGAAGUUUUGGUUUCACAUUUUCUCGAUGUAGUUUUUAAAAAAGUGCUAUUGUUAUUACAGUAUGGGUUGGGGGGGGGGAGAGGGAAACCAGAAUAUGUUUACCUAGAGUCUCUUCCGGAGGUCACCCCUGCGGCCCAGUCGCAGAUCACGCUUCUUGAUCGAUCAGGCUGUGAGUGCCCCUCGCCCGCAGUCCAACGUGUGCACCACAACCCGGUUUAUCAGGAACCGUUUUGAGGAAUCUGUCGAGUUCGUUAUGCACGAGGGGAGAGUGCUGGAGUUGUGGACUUGAAUACACUGGAGGUAUCCUGACACUGACAAGUCUUAAGUGAGGAGUGCUAAGUUACGUCAGCGGUACAAUAUCUUGUGAUAAACGGGGAUAUUUAUCACGGAUGCACAUAAACUUUCAUUAUCGGCCUCACUCAGUGCCCUAUCAUGCUUAACCUGACCUCACUUUAAAGCAGAUACCGUUAAUGACUUUUUAAGUCGCAUCCGAUCAAGAGAGGUGACUUUCAAUGUCUUAUUUCACUUUUAGACUCCGUUUCAGCACUCCGCAUGUUCUACCUGGCGUGAGCCCCUCUGUACUGUGUAGCGCUGACUGAAACGCUUGUUCGUGUUUUCCGCCACUAUAAUAUUAUGGGCUAAUAAAGUACUACCUAGCCUCCCAUAUCUUAUCCCACCCCUUCCCCAACCAGAGUUCUUUUAUACACUAUGCAUGCACGUGGUCUUGCAAACUCAUGUUUCCACCAUAGUGGUUCACGAAGUGACUUUUGCUAUACUCCAACAAGACUUCGUAGAACACCAGGGCGUCGACGUAUUUCUGCACCGUAUCUUGUAUUCCCUUGAGUGUCUUAUUCCCUCUUGCAUCCCUCAUCACAGUACACAUCCCACUUCACGCCACAUUCCCUCUCACCCAUAAUAAUAGUUUUGCUUAGGCUACGGAAGGUGCGCGUUUUUUCCAAGCUAGCCGUCUCUUAAGGCGAUGAACGAUACUUUUCUUGCUCAAGAUUGAAGAGUGGAUAUUCUGACACCUCACCAUUCCGAAUUGUUGACAUCUUAAAUGUGAGAUUCUGUGAAGAAACGUGUUUUGAAGUACUGCUGGUAAUGUAGUUUUCCAGCACUCUCAACACAACUUCUGCCAGAAAUUGCUAAUCUUAUUAAUGUGAUCAGCCGAAUUUGUUACUACACUGAUUUUUCUAAGUGGUUGUUGUAGGAUACAUCAUUAGAGGGAAGCUUUUUAUAGUGAAUGUGGAUUGUUUUAUGCAUGUGUGUUUCACUAGUCUUACAAGUUUGACCGUUUAAGCAUAAUGACCAACAUUAUUAGUUGAAUGUAAAUAAUGCAUUAGUUAAAAGAGCAUCUGUUGGUAUGUGUGUAAAAGAUAGGUUGUGGGGGUGGUUAUACAUAUAUGUUGAAAGUGUGUGUUCCAUUCACCUAUUUGUGGUUGCAAGGGUCGAAAGAUAGCGCCUGGCCUCCUCUUCACUGAUCGCUACUAGGUCCUCUCUUCCUGAUCCAUGAGCUUUCAUACCUUGUCUUAAAACUAUGUAUGGUUCCUGCCUCCACUACGUCACUUGCCAGACUAUUCCACUUUCUGACAACUCUAUGGCUAAAGAAAUACUUCCUAACAUCUCCUUGACUCGUCUGAGUCUUCAACUUCCAAUUGUGACCCCUUGUUUCUGUGUCCCAGCUCUGAACAUCCUCUCUCUGUCCACCUUGUCAAUUCCCUGCAGUAUUUUGUAUGUCGUUAUCAUUUCUGCCCUAACCCUCCAGUUUCGUCAGGCCGAUUUCCCUUAACCUUUCUUCGUAGGACAUUCACCUUACCUCUGGAACUAGCCUCGUUACAAACCUUUGCACAUUCUCUAAUUUCUUGACGUGCUUGACCAGGUGUGGGUUCCAAACUGGUGCUGCAUAUUCCAGUAUGGGCCUGACGUACACGGUGUACAGUGUCUUGAACUAUUCCUUACUGAGGUAUCGAAACGCUAUUCUCAGGUUUGCGCGCACGCGCGUGUGUGUGUGUGUGUGUGUGUAUGUAUGUGUGUGUGUGUGUGUGUGUGUGUGUGUGUGUGUGUGUGUGUGUACUCACCUAAUUGUGGUUGCAGGGGUCGAGACUCAGCUCCUGGCUCCGCCUCUUCACUGAUCGCUACUAGGUCCUCUGCUCCCUGAGCUUUGUCAUACCUUGUCUUAAAGCGUGUGUGUGUGUGUGUGUGUGUGUUAGUGGGUGAGAACCGUACAAGAGAAAGAUGUGUGCGUGUAAAAAGAUUUCAAGUGAGCUCUGGGCAGGUUUGGUAGUAGGGCUGGUGUUCAGGAGACAUGGGCUCCCAACUUCGCCUUUCCUGGCUUGAAAGCCCCACUCGUGCUGACUUGUAACCAUAGGAGUGUAAACGUAUCCUUAAUUCUCCAGUAUGCCUACAAGCUGGCUGAAUGAGAAUUGCCACUUUAUUUUCAACUUUAGCUACUACUGUCAGACAUAAGUUAAUACUUAAAUCCAAUUGUAAGUGCACCGGAUUUAAAUCAUCCAUACUUCAUCCCGUAUGGCAUGCUUGUUGUAGCGUGGGACAACCAUGCUAGAUUAGUGAGCCCGAUGAAAACAUUAGGAAUACUCUAGUUGAUCGCAACUACAGCAGGUGCUUCUGGCACGCAGGCAAAGUAAUUAAACAUUUGCAGAAUAAUUCUUAGCAAAACGUUAUUUGCAAAUAAUUUCUAACCGCUUAGUGCUGAAUCUUCGUGGGAAGUUGCAUUGCCUUUGUCCUGGGCACGUGUUGUGGCCACGAUGUCUUGAAUAACAUCAAUACCAGCGUGUUAAGGUGCCAUGGAGCCUGAGUGACGUUUAUGUGUGUCAGCUGAUUGAUGAAUCGGCAGUAUGGUUAAUCCUGUUGGAAUGAUAUCUAAGAACUUUCAUGCACGGUAUUGAGGGAGUCUACUUUGAUUACUAAUAGAAUGAGUUCAGCCAGACUGACCUGCAGCAAGGUCUGGUCUAGUGACCAAGUGUUGGCUGCCAGUGGGACGUGGAUGAUGGUCUCUCCAGCUUCAGAUCUUGUCAGGUUUAGCACACGUAGUAACCGUGAUUUACACAAAAGGUUAGUGCUAAACCCUUAGGGAUCAGAGAACGCCUGGGGAAUAGGAAAUAAUUUGUCUUUAUCCAAGAAGGGAAAGGAAUUUCUAAUUUCUUAGAAAGCCCUUUACCCCUUGAAGGGCCUUGAUCUACAGUUGGUCAAACAUUUAUACUUUGCGUUAGGUAUGCAGUCCCUCCUUGUCCCAGGGAUGUUUACUCUUGACUUCUCAAGAAAGUUGGCCAUAUUUUUAUACAUGCAGUGGUGUGAGAUCCAGACAAAACAAAUGUCUUCAGCAGCAGCAGCUUGCAGUAAAAUGGACUAAAGAAGCAAACUUAUUUAAAGAGCUUAUAGCGAUGAGCGUUCUAGUAAUGAAAACUCAUCCUUUCGUAGUUUCAUGCAGUGAUGCGAGUUUAAACUCCGUCGUUGAAUAAUGUCCUUUCAGUAGCUUCCGCCAUAGGUGUUGAAAAAGGCCACGCUGUCACAUGCUAACAGCACCAUAUUAAUAUGAAAAUUUGGUCAAUUUAGAGAUCCACAGAUUUUUAGAAUGUUGCAUGAGAGACCUAUUGAGGGUAGGUGAGAAGCUGAGGACCUUGACCACAAGACAGCUGGACUACAUGUGAUACAGCUCAUCAGCUGACUUCCAUCAGUCUGCCCUGUAUCUGAGACAGGUGAUGAUGGGAGCUUAGGUGAGCAGAUUGCGUCUACACAAUAAUUAUGAUAAACAGACGCACGCUAAAUGUCUCUUUCUCUUCUCUUUCUAUAUAGAAUUAUUGUAUAUGAUAUUUUUCUCGAUAUCUAAUGAUGACUAUAAGCAAGUGACUGGCCAAAGUCCUGUACAAAUUGUAUAAUAGAUUCACGGUUAUAAUUAAUAAUGAUGCUUAUGUAAAUAAAUAUUUUCCUGUA